AGUGCGCGCUAUGUGGGGCGGGGCUGAGGUGCGGGCGACGCCGUUUGUCCCCUUCGCUGCUCCGUAGUGACGAGACUGUUGUGGUGUUGCAGAAAUCCGGGCUUGGAAUUGUAGACGUGCGUGCCGCUCUGCUCCCCGGGACCUUUGGAGCUCCUCCUAAAGAAUUUCUGCUCAGCCAUGUCGCCGGUUUCAGCAGCAACCCAGGUUCCUACGUUGGUCUCCCUCUUUGACCUCGACGCGGAUGCUCCGAUCCUUCAGGGCCUCAGCCUGGUGAGCCACCCUUCUGGGGAGGCUGUGGCCCAGUCUCUGCGGACUUCCUGUCCAGGUUCAGGGGAGAGAGCAAGCCCAGAAAGAAAACCACUCCAGGGUCUGCUGGAUAUUUCAGACAAGUUAUUUUGUUCCACUUGUGACCAGACCUUCCACAACCACCAGGAACAGAGGGAACAUUAUAAGCUUGACUGGCAUCGGUUUAACCUAAAGCAACGUCUCAAGGACAAGCCUCUCCUGUCUGCCCUGGAUUUUGAAAAGCAGAGCUCCACAGGAGAUCUUUCCAGCAUCUCAGGAUCAGAGGACUCAGACUCAGCCAGUGAGGAGGACUUGCAGAUACCGGAUGAGGAGAGGGCUGAGUUUGAGAAGCCCAGCAGACCCCAAGGCUUCCACCCCCAUCGGGUUCUUUUCCAAAAUGCUCGGGGCCAGUUUCUUUAUGCCUAUCGCUGUGUGCUGGGCCCUCACCAGGUGCCCCCAGAAGAACCUGAACUGCUGCUACACAACCUGCAAAACGGAGGUCCCAGACACUCUGUGGUGCUCAUGGCUGCAGCUGGGCACUUUGCUGGAGCCAUUUUCCAAGGAAGAGACGUGGUGACCCACAAAACCUUUCACCGCUACACAGUGCGGGCCAAGCGGGGCACAGCCCAGGGAAUUCGGGAUGCCCGGGGUGGGGCUUCUCGUUCUGCCGGAGCCAACCUGAGGCGCUAUAAUGAAGCUACAUUAUACAAGGAUGUUCGUGACCUGCUGGCAGGGCCAGUCUGGGCUAAAGCGCUGGGGGAGGCUGGGACAAUACUGCUGCGUGCUCCUCGCUCUGGCCGGUCCCUGUUCUUCGGAGGCCAUGGGGCACCCCUGCAACGGGGGGAUCCCCGACUUUGGGAUAUCCCCCUCGCUACCCGCAGACCCAUCUUCCGAGAGCUACAGCGUGUGCUCCAUAAGCUGACCACCUUGCAUGUCCAUGGAGAAGACCCCCGGGAGACAGUCAGGUUGGACUCACCUCAGACACACUGGAAGACGAGAGGGGGGAAGAAGACUAUCGAGGCAGAAAGAAAGGUCUCCAGUGAUGAAAAUGAGGCACUUGGGCAGAAUGAGGAAUCUCCCAAACAGGGUUCAGGGUCGGAGGGCGAGGACAGCUUCCAGGUAGAGUUGGAGCUAGUAGAGUUGACCAUGGGGACCCUGGAUCUUCGUGAGUUUGAGGUACUGCCAAAGCGGAGGAGGAGGAAAAGGAAUAAGGAGGAGAAAAGCCGAGACCUGGAAGCCUGGGCGCAUGGGACUCUUCCCCAGCAACCUCAAGGAGAUGUUGAGGCCUUCUCACAGUCUGCCCAGGCACACGCAGCCCCUUUGGGGCCCUCCCUGGAUGAGGCCAAGACCCCUGAUCAGUCAGAGCUCUGGGACAUGCUUCUAGCUGCUUGUCGAGCCGGAGAUGUUGGGAUGUUGAAACUCCAGCUAGCUGCUGGCCCCAUAGGCCCUGGAGUUCUGUCUCUGCUCAGUGCUCCCUUGGGCUCCAGUGGUUUCACCCUCCUACAUGCAGCAGCUGCAGCUGGGAGAGGUUCAGUGGUUCGCCUGCUGCUGGAGGCAGGUGCCGACCCUACUGUGCAGGACUCCCGGGCCCGGCCACCGUAUACGGUUGCAGCUGACAGGUCAACACGUAAUGAGUUCCGAAGGUUCAUGGAGAAGAAUCCAGAUGCUUACGAUUACGGCAAGGCUCAGGUGCCAGGGCCACUGACGCCAGAAAUGGAGGCACGGCAGGCUAUGCGGAAAAGGGAGCAGAAGGCUGCCCGGCGGCAGCGGGCCGGCCAGCAGCGGAAGCGGUGGGAGCAGGAGGAGGAGGAGCACCAAGAGCUGCGGCGCUUUGCCGCCCUCAGCGACCGAGAGAAGAGGGCUCUGGCCGCAGAGCGCCGGCUGGCUGCCCAGCUGGGAGCACCCACCCCCCAGACCCCCGGCUCUGCAGCCCUCAGUGGUCCACGCUGCUGGAGCUGUGGGACAUCCCUCCAAGGCCUCACUCCCUUUCACUAUUUUGACUUCUCUUUCUGCUCCACACGCUGUCUCCGGGAUCACCGCUGCCAGGCCGCCAAGCCCUCUUCCUGAUCUCUUACGGCUGCGCCUGGAGCCAACUCGGCCCGGAGAGGGUGCAUUCACACUAGCCCUAGGUUUCUUCUCUCCCGUGAAACAGGAGUAUUUGGAAGAUCAGAAAGGACACUCAGGAACCAGGGCAAAGACAGGACCACAGAGGGGUGUGGGGCUGGGACUGUCUCUGGAACUUUAAUCACAAUAAAGUUUGGCAAGGAAACUGCACUUGGACUUGCAUUUGGGCCUUGUGGCCUUUGGUUCCUUGUGGUCACCAUGGCCAGCACGAAGGGAUCCUGCUCACUCCAUGUCCCAGGUCCAAGGGUUACCUUUCUUUCAGUGCCCACUUAACUCCACUGGUUCAAAGGCACUUUGUGUAUCAGC